AUGGAAAAGCUAGAAGUACAUUCAAAAGACUUUUUAAUAAAGUGGAUCAAUGCUCCGGAUAAUUCGACAAUUGAAUGGGAAGUUAGACCUCUCAAAAGAUCAAUCAAUUUUGCAAUUUAUAAGAAAGAAACAGAUGAUGAUGCUACAUUUCAAAGCCCACCAUUCCUAGAACAUAAUUCUCGCUCAUCUUCAGUUGUCAACAUAACACAACCUCCAAGUGGUGCAUCAACUCCACCUUUUUCAUCAAGAAUGAGAUCAACUUCAGUAUCAUCAGUCAAUAAAAUUUCAAGAAGUGAUAGUGCUUAUAAAUCAAAAUCAAGAUCAGCAACCCUUUCUACAAUCAGUCAGUCUGAUUUAUCUUUAGUCAAAAACUAUCAUAGAUUACUUGGUAAAGAAUUAGUUCGUGGAAAAUUUGAAGUUUCAAAAUCAGGAAUGUAUGCUUUUGUAUUUGACAAUUCCUUUUCCAAGACAGUUGGAAAGACAGUUACAUUCAGUGCUAGAAUCAUAACCCAUGAAGCCGCACCAAAUCCAAUUGAAAUCCACGACGCUCCUUCUUUAGAUGAUGAACAUGUUUUUGAUCAAUUGAGACCAAAAUCGGAUGUUAUGCAAAGUAUUAUGUUAAAAAAGGGAAGGAAAAAGUUACAAGGGUUUUCCAAAAGAUACUUUAUUUUAAAUUUCAAAAAUGGAACAUUAUCCUAUUUUAGAGUGAAUGACAAUAAAUUACGCGGGCAAAUGCCAAUUAAAGAAUCUAUUGUUUCCGCAAACCCAAGUAAGAGAGAGUUGAUUAUUGACUCAGGUAUGGAAGUUUGGCAUUUGAAAACAAUCAAUAAAGCUGAUUUCAACGCAUGGGUAAAUGCAUUUAAUGCAAUUAAACAAGAUGCUUACAAGACUCAUCCAAUCUUGGAAGAAAAUGAAAGUAAUCAAAUUAAAGCAGAUUUACAAUUACUUUCUCAAAAAAUGGCAAGAUUAGUAAAGCUUACCCCAUCUCCAUUAGCAAAUGAAAUUGCACUUGAUAUUGCAGUAUUACUUGGAAAAUCCGAAGCCCUUAUCACUAGAACACCUUCUUUAUUAAGUGAAGAUCAUUCAAUAUUUUCUGGUGAUUUCUUUGAUGCCGAAGAAACCUUUGAGGAUGUAGGUGUGGUGAUUAUAGAAGAUGGAGAGAAACCACAACCAGAGGAAGAAGAACAGAUUUCCGAUUUAAUCUCAAGCUCAUCAGAAGACGAAGAAGAAACAGAAGACCUAUUGUUACAGGCUGUAGAAGCAGCCACAUUAAAGAGUCUAUCAAGAGCAGGCGAAUCAGAAGAUUUAUACCCCUUACCACAUCCACCUGUUAAACGAACUCCAGAUAUUGCAAUUUGUACACAUACACCUCCAUCCAUUCUAAGCUUUGUUCGUAAGAAUGUUGGGAAAGAUUUAUCUACCAUUGCUAUGCCAGUCACCUAUAAUGAGCCUACUACUGCAUUACAAAAGUUUGCUGAAAUACUUGAAUAUAGCGAUGUGCUUUCAAAUGCAUUAAAGACUGGAAAUGAAGAAGGUGAACGUUUAUUAAGAAUUGCUACAUUUGCAUUAACUUAUCUUUCCACUUUCCGUAUUAAAGAAAGAAGUAAACGUAAACCAUUCACGCCUUUACUUGGAGAAACAUAUGAAUUAGUACGUGAAGAUCUUGGAUUUAGAAUGAUAUCGGAAAAGGUUGUUCAUAGACCUCCAGUCUAUGCUUAUUUUGCUGAAAGUGAUACUUGGACACUUCGAUUUGCAAUCUCACCAACUCAAAAGUUCUGGGGUAAGCAUUCAGAAGUCAAUACUAAGGGGAAAAUUAUCUUAACCAUCAAAGAAACGGGUGAAGUUUUCACUUGGAGCCAACCAACUACAUUAGUUAAGAAUAUUAUUGCUGGUGAAACAUAUGCCGAACCAUCAGGUUCCAUUACUGUUAAAUCUUCAAAUGGAUUAAGGGCAAUUGCAGAAUUUAGUAAAGGAGGUAUGUUUAGUGGAAGAUCAGAAGGAGUUGUUGUCAAGGCUUAUGAUGAAGAUAGAAAAGAGUUACCGUUGACCGUAACUGGUAACUGGACCGAUUCGUUUACAUUAAAAGCUGGAUCUGCUGAAAAAUGUAUUUGGGAAGCAGGUGAAUUAUUACCUCAAACAAAUAAGAAGUAUGGAUUUACUUCAUUUGCCGGUACUUUGAAUGUAAUAACCGAUAUUGAAAAAGGUUUAAUGGCACCAACUGAUUCAAGAUUAAGACCUGACUUGCAGCAUUUUAUUAGAGGAGAUGUUGAUACCGCCGAAGAUUUGAAACUUAAACUUGAACAAGAACAAAGAGAGAGAAGAAAAUUGGUUCCGGAUGAAAAUCAUGUUGCUAAUUUCUUUAGGUUUGUUGGCACAGGUGCCCCUGAUGAAGGAGAUUGGGAAUUCAUUGAAGGUGACAACAGUUAUUGGAAUAGAAGAAAGAAUCAAAAUUGGGAAGGGUUGCUUAAAUUAUGGUAA